AUGCACCUAUCGACCCACAACGCUUUACUGCUGGCGACAAUGGGGAUGCACGGCGGGACAAGCUGGCGCCGACGGACGCAAGAAGCCGUCGCCGUGGUGCUGGCUCUGGCAACACUAGGAGCUGUUGCUGCCGCCGUAGAGCAACACCAACAGGAGGCGUCGGGCGUGAACGUCACCGCCAUCUGCUCGUCCACGCCGUACCCGGGCGCGUGCCGGAUGGCGCUGUCCUCGUCGGCGUCGCGGGCCGCCAAGGACCCGUUCGCGGCCUCCGUGCAGUUCGCCAUGGCCCGGGCCGCGUCGGCGCGCGUGUUGGCGCUCAACCUCUCGUCCUCGCGCCGGAGCAGGGCCGUGCUGCCGCCCUCGGGCAUGGACGACUGCGCCGAGCUGCUCGACAUCAGCCACGGCCUGCUCGGCGACGCGCUCGGCGCCGGCUCCGCGCACGAUGCGACCACGUGGCUCAGCGCCGCGCUCACGAACCAGGACACCUGCGCCGACAGCCUCGACGCCGUGCCGGCCUCCUCCGGGCGCGAGGGCGUGCGCCAGAUGGUCGGCGCGCUCGCGGAAUUCAUCGGCACGGCGCUCGCGCUGCACGCCAGUCUCAAGGGCGGGAGCGCGACGCCGCCACCAUCUGCCACGCCCACUCAGUCGUCGACGCCGUCGAACCGGGCAUUCCCGUCCUGGGUCUCCGACCACGACAGGAAGCUCCUGGAGUCCGCGGCUGGCGGCAUGACGCCGGACGCCGUGGUGGCACUGGACGGCAGCGGGACGCACCGUAGCAUCGGCGAGGCGAUCGCCGCGGUCACGGCAGCGGCAAUGGCGCCGGUGGGCUCCUCCAAGGCGGGCGCCGGAGCAGCCAGGAAGGUGAUCUACGUGAAGACCGGGCGGUACGAGGAGACCGUGCGGAUCUCGAGAAGGCAGAGGAACGUGAUGCUGAUGGGCGACGGCAAGGGGAAGACGGUCAUCGUCGGCCACAGGAGCGCCGCCGACGGCUACACCACCUACGCCUCCGCCACCGUCGCUGCAAUGGGCUCGGGCUUCAUAGCAAAGGGCCUAACCAUCAUCAACGAGGCCGGGCCGGACAAGAGCCAGGCGGUGGCGCUGCGGGUCGGCGGCGACCUCUCCGUCGUGUACCAGUGCGACAUCGAGGCAUACCAGGACACCCUCCACACGCACUCCAACCGCCAGUUCUACACCGAGGACAACAUCUCCGGCACGGUGGACUUCAUCUUCGGCAACUCCGCGGUGGUCAUCCAAAAUUGUGACAUCCGUCCCAGGAAGCGCCGGUCCGGCCAGAAGGACAUGAUCACGGCCCAGGGGCGGACUGACCGGAACCAGAACACCGGCAUCUCCAUCCACAAGUGUCGGAUCGCCGCCGCCUCGGACCUAGGCGACACAAAGGUGUACCUGGGUCGUCCAUGGAAGAAGUACUCACGGACCAUCGUGAUGGAGAGCUCUCUCGACCGUUCGAUCGCCGCAGCCGGGUGGCUGGAGUGGUCAGGCCAGUUCGCGCUCAACACGUUGUACUACGGGGAGUAUGGGAACAGUGGGCCUGGCGCGGGGACAAGCGGGCGGGUGAAGUGGGCCGGAGUGCACACGUCACUGUCCACGAUGGACGCCACACGGUUCACGGUGAGGAAUUUUAUCUUGGGAGACUCGUGGUUGGGUGACACCGGAGUGAGCUACACUUCCGGGCUAUGA